GCUCAGACCUCAAGAUCCUAGUGGUAAGGGUGGGAAGGUGUCACUGACCUGAAUUCCUGAGUUAUGGGGGAGGAAGGGGCCAUGGGUCCUGGACGCCUGUGUCAGAGGGAGGAGGGGCUGCCCCCUCCCCAUCCAGGAUCUGUGGCUUCAGGGCUUACUCUUGGGAAGUGGGCGCACUCUUGGGGUUUGAAUGCUCCCAGCCACAGCUGCUAUUAAAAGCAGAUCAAAGAAGGGGAUGAAAAGGUCAGGGUUUAGGAGGAGGUGGAAGGGGAUGGUCUGGGAAGGGGGCAGAUGUGAAAGUACAUUCCUCAGGAGACAUGGAGCCUCCAGAAGAUUGAAGGGUAGAGAAUUCAAGGAAGUGAUGGGCUGAGAGAGAGAGAGAGAGAGAGGCUGAAGGCGGCAGUCAGGGAGACAACAUUGUGGAGACACAGUGAGGAAAGAGUGUGUGGAGACAUGGACAGAAGGACAGAGAGUCCGGGUGAGAAUCAGGGCGACUGCGGAGAGAUGGACAAUCAGAAGGGACAGAACAGGGGUAUCUGGCCGGCUCAGUUAGUGAAGCACUUGGUGGAGACUUUUGGUCACAGGGCUGUGAGUUCGAGCCCCACAUGGGUGUAAAGAUUACCUCCGGGGGAAAAGAAAAGAAGGGACAGCACCGAAGGUCUAUGUCUAUGGAAAACAGGAAGAAGAGAGCCCUCAGAGCUCUGUCAGGGCCACUGUCAAAGAGCCAGCAGGGAAAGGAGGAGGAGUCAGGGGGACUUAGGAGCUGGGAGAGGGCUCUGGGAGCACACCCCCCCAUUUUCAGUCCUGCUUCCCCAGGACUGGUUAAACUCGGGGUACACUGCAUCACGGGCCAGAAGGUCGCCAUCAAGAUCGUGAACCGGGAGAAGCUGUCUGAGUCGGUGCUGAUGAAGGUGGAGCGGGAGAUAGCCAUACUGAAGCUCAUUGAACACCCACACGUCCUCAAGCUACACGAUGUCUACGAGAACAAGAAAUAUUUGUACCUGGUUCUGGAGCACGUCUCUGGAGGUGAGCUGUUUGACUACCUUGUAAAGAAGGGGAGACUGACACCCAAGGAGGCCCGGAAGUUCUUCCGCCAGAUAGUGUCGGCGCUGGACUUCUGCCACAGCUACUCCAUCUGCCACAGAGACCUAAAGCCCGAGAACCUGCUUUUGGAUGAGAAAAACAACAUCCGCAUCGCAGACUUUGGCAUGGCGUCCCUGCAGGUGGGGGACAGCCUCCUGGAGACCAGCUGUGGGUCCCCCCACUAUGCGUGUCCGGAGGUGAUUAAGGGGGAGAAGUAUGACGGCCGCCGGGCGGACAUGUGGAGCUGUGGAGUCAUCCUCUUUGCCUUGCUUGUGGGGGCUCUGCCCUUUGAUGAUGACAAUCUCCGCCAGCUGCUGGAGAAGGUGAAACGGGGCGUCUUCCACAUGCCCCACUUCAUCCCUCCAGACUGCCAGAGCCUCCUGAGAGGGAUGAUCGAAGUGGAGCCUGAGAAAAGACUCAGUCUGGAGCAAAUUCAGAAACACCCCUGGUACCUGGGUGGGAAACACGAGCCGGACCCUUGCCUGGAGCCAGCCCCAGGCCGCCGGGUGGCCAUGCGGAGCCUGCCAUCGAACGGAGAACUGGACCCCGACGUCCUGGAGAGCAUGGCUUCGCUGGGCUGCUUCAGGGACCGCGAGCGGCUGCACCGCGAGCUCCGUAGCGAGGAGGAGAACCAAGAAAAGAUGAUAUAUUAUCUGCUUCUGGAUCGGAAGGAGCGGUAUCCCAGCUGUGAGGACCAGGACCUGCCUCCCCGGAAUGAUGUCGACCCCCCUCGGAAACGUGUGGAUUCUCCCAUGCUGAGCCGACAUGGGAAGCGGCGGCCAGAGCGGAAGUCCAUGGAGGUUCUGAGCAUCACGGAUGCUGGGGGCGGUGGCUCCCCAGUGCCCACCCGCCGGGCUCUGGAGAUGGCCCAGCACAGUCAGAGAUCCCGUAGUGUCAGUGGAGCCUCCACCGGUCUGUCCUCCAGCCCUCUCAGCAGCCCACGGAGUCCUGUCUUUUCCUUCUCACCGGAGCCCGGGGCCGGAGAUGAGGCUCGGGGCGGGGGCUCCCCGACUUCCAAAACGCAGACGCUGCCUUCUCGCGGCCCCAGGGGUGGGGGUGCCGGGGAGCAGCCUCCGCCCCCCAGUGCCCGCUCCACACCUCUGCCUGGCCCCCCAGGCUCCCCGCGCUCCUCUGGGGGCACCCCCUUGCAUUCGCCCCUGCACACGCCCCGGGCCAGCCCCACUGGGACACCAGGAACAACGCCACCCCCAAGCCCUGGCGGUGGCGUCGGGGGAGCCGCCUGGAGGAGUCGUCUCAACUCCAUCCGCAACAGUUUCCUGGGUUCCCCUCGCUUUCACCGGCGCAAGAUGCAGGUCCCCACUGCGGAGGAGAUGUCCAGCUUGACGCCAGAGUCCUCUCCAGAGUUGGCAAAACGCUCCUGGUUUGGAAACUUCAUCUCCUUGGACAAAGAAGAACAAAUAUUCCUUGUGCUGAAGGACAAACCCCUCAGCAGCAUCAAAGCGGACAUCGUCCAUGCCUUCCUGUCGAUCCCCAGCCUGAGUCACAGUGUGCUGUCACAGACCAGCUUCAGGGCCGAGUACAAGGCCAGUGGUGGCCCAUCCGUCUUCCAGAAGCCCGUCCGAUUCCAGGUGGACAUCAGCUCCUCAGAGGGCCCAGAGCCUUCCCCUCGACGGGAUGGCAGUGGCAGUGGUGGCAUCUACUCGGUCACCUUUACGCUCAUCUCCGGUCCCAGCCGUCGGUUCAAGCGAGUGGUGGAGACCAUCCAGGCACAGCUGCUGAGCACUCACGACCAGCCCUCCGUGCAGGCCCUGGCAGAUGAGAAGAACGGGGCCCAGACUCGGCCUGCUGGCACCCCACCAAGAAGCCUACAGCCCCAAGCCGGCCGCCCAGACCCAGAGCUGACCAGCUCUCCCCGCCGAGGCCCUGCUAAGGACAAGAAGCUCCUGGCCACCAACGGGACCCCUCUGCCCUGACCCCAGGGGGCCGGGGAAGGAGGGGAGCCCCUUCCACCCCUCUUCCCUGCCCCCCAACUGUGAAUCUGUAAAUAGGGCCCAUGGAGUAUGUAGGGAGGGGAGAGACAACAAACCCGGCCUUGCCCUGCAGGGUGGGGCUCAGGGGGCCGUGCCCAAUGGGGGGUGGUUCUAGGGGGGACUGAGGGCGGGGGAGCUGUUUCUAUUUUAUUUAUUGAUUAAUUUAUUAUUUUAUUUAUUGAUCAAUCUCUCUGCGGGGUGGGGUGGGGGAGGGACGGGGGCUGGUUGGGGUGGCUUAGCAGAUCCGGACAGGGAAGGCCAUCUGUCCUUGUGUCCCCAACUCCUCCUUCCCAGGCCCCCCCUUCCCCGGUUCUCCCCGUUCCCUCACAACCUUCUGUACGGAUUUGCUCUCCGGAAGGAAUUCUGGUUUCGCGUGACCCUGCCUGCGUCCGUGUCUCUGAUUCCGCCGGCGGCAAAAAAAAAAAAAAAAAAUUAAUAAUAAUAAUAAUAAAUAGCCUUGAGCAGGGA